UUUGAAGUUAUUCGUGGCUAGUCUUUUGUAAGUGAAGGUGCGGUGUUUUUAAAUAUGAAAUCGCUAGUUUUAUCUCUAGUCAGCUUGCUGGCUUUAUAUUCAGUAAAUUGUGAUGUGUAUUACGAAGAAAAAUUCCCUGACGAUUCAUGGGAAUCUAAUUGGAUCUAUAGUGAGCAUCCCGGAAAAGAAUUCGGCAAAUUCAAAUUGACUGCAGGCAAAUUCUUCAAUGACCCAGAAGAAGAUAAAGGUCUACAAACCUCUGAGGACGCGAGGUUCUACGCCCUCUCACAUAAAUUCAAGUCCUUUUCAAAUGAGGGGAAAAACUUAGUAAUUCAGUUCUCAGUCAAGCAUGAACAGGACAUUGACUGUGGAGGCGGUUAUGUCAAAGUAUUUGACUGCAACUUAGACCAGAAGGACAUGCAUGGAGAGAGCCCGUACGAGAUCAUGUUUGGUCCAGAUAUCUGCGGUCCUGGUACCAAAAAGGUGCAUGUUAUCUUCAGCUACAAAGGCAAGAAUCACCUGAUCAAGAAAGACAUCCGCUGCAAGGACGAUGUUUACUCCCAUAUGUACACCCUCGUGGUGAAGCCAGACAACACAUAUGAAGUUCUCAUCGACAAUGAGAAGGUUGAAGGUGGAAAUCUCGAGGAUGACUGGGACUUCCUGCCACCCAAGAAGAUCAAGGACCCAGAAGCAAAGAAACCGGAAGACUGGGACGAGCGUGCGACCAUCCCUGACCCCGACGACACAAAGCCCGAGGACUGGGAGAAGCCGGAGCACAUCCCCGACCCUGAUGCCGCCAAGCCUGAGGACUGGGAUGACGAGAUGGACGGCGAGUGGGAACCGCCCAUGAUCGACAACCCUGACUACAAGGGCGCGUGGACCCCUAAACAGAUUGACAACCCAGCUUACAAAGGCAUAUGGGUUCACCCUGAAAUCGACAACCCGGAGUACACAGAGGACAAGAAUCUCUACCUGCGUAAGGAAAUCUGCGCAGUCGGUCUGGACCUGUGGCAAGUCAAAUCCGGAACCAUCUUUGACAACAUUCUGUUCACUGAUGACCUGGAAGAGGCCAAGGAACGCGGGGCGCUAUUGAAGCAAACUCUAGAAGGAGAGAAGAAGAUGAAGACUGCCCAGGAUGAGGCCGAGAGGGAGAAGGAGAAGUCUGAGAAGCCCGAGGACGAUGAUGAUGAAGAUCUGGAUGACGAUGCUAUUCCCGAGGGAGUUGAUGCUCCUGUGGAGGAACACGACGAGCUGUAAACGUUGUAGUGUGUGCAAUAAAAGACAGUUAGUACCUAACGUACUGGUACAGUGAGUGCUAUGCACGCUCGCGCUUCACCGAUGAGUGCAUGUUUGGUUUUCUAUACAGUGUGCACCCGCCAUUAUACUAUUUUCUACUACCUGCACUAUAAAUGACAUCAAUUGGGACCCUGAUUCUCUAAGGCAUUGGACAUAUCGACCGAAAUUUUGUGACGUCACUUUUGACAGAUACUCAUACAUUGGUUUAUCAGAUUUUUAACAUGAAAUAAUUUAGUGAAUGUACUUAGGAAAUAUACAAUCUUGUUAUCCCUCCAUCCUACCACAGAACAGUGCGACGGUAGUAUCCUUAUGAACUUGACAUUCAUUUCAACUCGUACUGAUCAGAUCAUCUGUCAUGUUAUAACUGGUGUACCUUCAAAGCUCCAGCCUAGAAUUCAGCAUUGCUCUACCAUACAUAUUUACAUUUAUGAUGAUCAAAAUGUAAAAGAGAAUCAGGCAAUUCACUAAGGACGGAUUUCACCGUUGUAACUAAUUUCUGUUUAAAUAAAGCGAUAUGCAAAUUUUUACUUAACUCUGUCUUUGAGGCAAACAGUGAAAUCGGCCCUAAAUGCAGUCCAAAGACUGAUCUCAGAUAUAAACUUGUACACGGCCGUCAAGUUCUGUAUUUCUCGUCAUUUAAGUCUUCAGAAAUCUUUUGUAUCAAUAGCGUUCACUUGUUUUAUGUCUUACAAAAGAGGUUAUAUAUUGUGGUGCAGUUUGGAAUUUUACAUAUGGUAACAUUCACGAUUACAAAGUUGCUUUUUAAAAAUAACCUAAACAUUGAAUAAAUAUAUUCAGAUCCCAUUACGUAGAAAGAAAGUAGUAUCGUGGGCGGAGUGUAACCGAUCCAAUGAGGCAUUUUAGUUCUCUAGUUUGUCGAUACAGGUCUUGUAGCACGUGUGACUCGUAAUAUUCCACUUUCGUCCCCACCCCAUACAUAGCACGGGUGAUAUGAUUGUUUAGAAGUGUCCAAAACAACAAUACAUAAGCCAUCUGGAUCAUUGUUUUGGAGCUAUGGUAUAUGCCCCAGAGAUCUAAAACUAUACGAACCCUUUUAAAAGCUCAGUAAUUCAAAGAAAAUAAACAAUUAAUAUUAAAUAGAAAGUGCGUUCACAAGGGUUUUUCAAAGUAAUACCUAAUAAGUAUCACGAAAGUUUUAAAGAGAAAGUUUAUGGCCCUUACUUUUUUUGGGGGUAUUAAAAAAUAAAAUGUCAGGCAAUUUUUAAGUGUCAUGGCACUUUACUUUAAAUGUGUGGGGACUCUUACAAUCCGGGCGCGUUUGACCAUGCGUCUACGGUGUACUGAUUUUGUAUAUAAUUAAGGGUGCGAUCAGUUUUAUUUGUUAUUUAUAUUAUAUGCGGCACUGUGUGUCGAUGAAUGUGUGUUUGCUUCACAAUAUUGGCCGAUGUGGUUAAUAUCGGCAGAUUUGGCAUGCCAAAUUGGUCUGUUUGGUUUGCCGUGUUUGGCGAUAAUGUGAAGCAAAUAGUGUGUUAUCAGUUUACAUUGUGAAAUGAGUCUGAUUAAAUUAAUAUAAACUAA